AUGAGCCAAGAUCUCGAAAUGACUAAUUUCCAAAAUCAGCUCGCCCUGCUAGCUAACAAGGUCGCCGAACAUGACCAGACUCUCCUUCGCUUUGCCGCUCUUGAAGAACGGCUAGCUGCCGUCACUGCUGAAAACAAGACUCUUCAGCAGGAGAACGAUGAUCUCCGUGCCCGCCUGGCUGAAGCCCUUGCCGCCGCUGCCAGCCAACGGUUUCCGCCCGCCCCGCCGCCCUACCGCCCUACCGCCUCUAGGCCUGCCCCCGCCCGCCAAGCCCCUCCGCCGCUGAGCCCGCUGCCACCGCUGCCGCUGCCCCACCGUUGCCCAACUGAAGUUUGGAGCACGGUUGCCAAGAGGGGUAAAGCCAAGAAACCCGUCACUGCCAAGCGCCGUGAAGCCAUUGUCGCGGCUUCAACCUUGAUACCGGCGAACAAGGUUAUGAAUAUGUGUAUAUUCAUCGUUCCCGUCGCUAUACCAGAAUGGAGGUCCGCCGAAACUUGCGCGUUCUUGGAAUGA